AAGUGACGCAGAGACGCAGCCACACUCCAACAGUAGACACUUACCAUUACAAUAUUAACCUCUUUAGACCAGUUUUAUCAACCUUCAAACUCUCAAAAUGAGAUGAAUGAUCAAAGUGUUAUCUAGCAGCUUUAUAAAUUAAGCAGAAAAGAUGCUCGUGUCAGUUGUGUGGACAGCAGUUUUAUUUACUCUGGUAAAAGCCUCCAUCACGGACACCAGUCCUACUGAAGUACCAGACACGGAGAGCGGUUCGGGGAUGUUUCUGUCAGAUGCAAUCGACCUUCUUGAUCAUCUGUGGCAGGUUGCUAAUCACAGCAAUGCAUCAGUAACGCAGGAAAGCAAAAGGUGUCCAGUUCUGCAUGUAGGCCAGUACUCAACACUCUCUGUCCCACUACGGCAGGUGUUCGGAUACAGGUUUGGUGAUGAGUUCAGUUUGCUGUUGCAUCUGCGCAGCUCUCAGUCUGAAGACCGGAGUGUGUUGACCUUCCUCUGUCCAGAUGGACACAUUCUUCUGCAGAUUCGCAUCAGUGCCUACACUUUUAGCUUCAUCAGCACUCAACAGCGACACUAUGAAUUCCCCGUGGGAGUACUGUCUGAUGGAGGUUGGCACCGUGUGGCUGUCAGCGUCUCCUCGAGUCGGUUGGCGUUGUAUGUGGAUUGCUCCAUGGUGGAGAGUGUGGAAUGGGCCUACAAAGGCGGUCUGGAAAUCUCCACUGAUGGCCUGGUUAUGGUGGGAGGAAUCAUUGAGGGGUUUGAAACCCCUUUUGAGGGCGAUUUGAUGCAAGUGGCGUUUCUGAUUGGAGAACCAGAUGCAGCUCAAGAUCACUGUGCCUUUUUCCAGUCCCAGUGUGGUGGAACUGGACACAAACCACCUCGCUCUCCUCGUAUACACACUGAAGAGGAACUCUUGCUUUCCUCAAAUGACCUGGAGGACUUGUUGGAGUCAGCAAAGGACAGUGACUCUAUUCGGGCAAAACUGACUGGUCUACGAAGACGUGGGAUUAUUCGUGGUGAUGGGACUUUGCCCACUGGAUCCAAACGCCCUGCAAUUGUGGGCCGUGGCGAUGUGUUUGAGGUGGAUGAGGAUACAGACCUUCUGGACCAAAACGUUUUGUCUAAAAAUGGAGAUAAACCUUCCAAAACCUUCCCAACUGACACUACAGGCAGCCGAGAUGGUAAGCCAGAAUCCACAUCUAAACAUCUCGAUGAAAACAUUACCGUUGACAAGCACAAACCUGGCAAACCUUUACCAAAGAAGCCAGUGGACACUACUAUUAUCAAUCUGGAUGUAUUUGGAAAACCUACUGGAAGUACUGUUCCUAGUAGAGAAAUCCACUUGAUGACCACAUUCAGUCCUGAGGAUGGAGAAUCCAACUUGUUAAAAGAGGACUUCGGGGUCACCACACAGGCUCCUGUUAGGACAUCUUGGGACGAUGUGUCAAAAGGUAAUGGAAGGACACCAUCGAAAUCUCCAGAUAUUCAUGCAGGAUCUGGAGGGGGAUCUGAGGAGCGUCCAGAUACCAUUGUACUUACAGGCAGACAUGGAGACAUUGUGCGUGGGUCUGAUGGGAAAAUGUAUCGCAUCCAAAGAGGACCCAUGGGGCCAAUGGGGCCCCGAGGUGAGCCUGGGUGUCCUGGGAAUGCUGGCUAUCCUGGACCCAAAGGAGAUAAGGGUACCUUUGGUGUUAGAGGUCGUCCAGGUCGCCCUGGAUUCCUGGGACCCCCAGGACCACCUGGCCUGCCCACAUUCUACCUAUGGAGAAACACACCUGAAGACUGGGCUGCAUUUCAGCAAACAUCUUUCUUCCAGCUUCUCCUUGCAGGCUGGCCUAGAGCGCAAGGUCUGCCUGGUCCGGAAGGAGAGAUGGGUAAACCUGGAGCACAGGGGCCACCUGGGGAACCAGGUGAACGAGGACCCCCAGGACGAAUGGGAGACAUGGGUGACCGUGGUCCUAAAGGUGUGGUUGGAAGAGCAGGAGUCUAUGGAAGAGAUGGAGAGAACGGGCAGGACGGCCCUCAGGGGCCUUCAGGGAUUCCAGGACCAAAGGGUCCUCUGGGUUAUAAAGGUGAAUCAGGCUCACAUGGAGAGAAAGGAGAGGAGGGCAUUAUUGGAUCUGAGGGUCCGUGUGGAGAUAUGGGGAAACCUGGUGAGAAAGGUUCAAAAGGAACACCUGGUACUUCUGGUGCUGUUGGUCCUCCUGGUCCACAAGGCAUAAGAGGGAUGGAGGGCCUUGAAGGGCAUCCAGGACCAGAUGGGGAGGAUGGGAUAAAUGGACCACCGGGUCUUUCAGGUGCCCCAGGAGCUCCUGGUUGGACAGGUUUGAUUGGUGCCCAGGGGGCUAAUGGGUCUCGUGGGGAACCUGGGCCUUCUGGAGCUGUUGGCCUUCAAGGACCACAGGGGCCCCAGGGAUUAGAAGGACAGAUCGGACCUCCAGGACAAAGGGGUCCACAGGGGUUGUCAGGCCGAGAGGGUUUACAUGGUCCUAAAGGAGAGCCUGGUCCUGUAGGACCAGUUGGUAUCAGAGGGGAUCCAGGAUUUGAAGGAUUAAAGGGUGUUUUAGGAACACACGGUCCAAAAGGUUUCACUGGUAUCAAAGGUAACAGAGGACCUGAUGGAGACCAAGGGGACAUUGGACCUAAAGGAAACAAAGGUGCUAGAGGAGAAGCAGGUGUACAGGGCAUUCAAGGUGAACAGGGACCGAUAGGCUUUCCUGGCUUUCCAGGCAUCAGAGGCCCACCAGGACCACAUGGAAACCAGGGAGAGGAUGGAGAGGCUGGCCCACAUGGUAAAAUGGGCAAGGAGGGGUCAAAGGGGAGCAGAGGUCCUGAAGGCCUCUCUGGAAAGCCUGGUCCUAGAGGCCUAAAGGGUCGAACAGGGCAGAGGGGUCACACUGGCAUGCCUGGACCUCCUGGUUUACCUGGCCCACCUGGACCAUUUGGAGCUGAAGGAAAGCCUGGUACACAGGGACUGCAAGGCCUCGUGGGGAAUGCCGGAAAUAAAGGACCAACGGGAUUGCAAGGUAUUCCUGGAGAACGUGGUCAAGACGGACCCCCAGGAACUAUGGGCCCACUUGGACGAGAGGGGCCUAUGGGCAGCCCAGGACCAUCAGGAGAAAGGGGUUUUGGUGGAAAGACAGGAAUGGAGGGACCACAGGGCCCUGUUGGCAUGUAUGGUUUUCCAGGAAACGUGGGUAUGAGAGGAAGACCAGGCCACACUGGAGACAGAGGAGAGCCAGGCCUAAGAGGCCCUUCUGGACCAAUUGGGAAGCCUGGGCCACCAGGUCCCCCUGGUCCAGUAGGAGAAAAAGGACUGCCAGGACCCCAGGGCCGCCAAGGAGAUCCUGGGCAACAGGGAACAGAUGGGCCAUGUGGUCCUCCAGGACGUCAGGGAGUCAGUGGGGUCAUUGGAAAACCAGGACCUCGUGGAAGUAUAGGUCUCUCAGGGGAUCCUGGGCUAAACGGGCCCCCAGGUAUCCUAGGUCCACAGGGGGAAAACGGAAUGCCAGGUAUAGAUGGAGAGAAAGGAGAAAAGGGAAUGAUGGGCUCUCCUGGUGAUGAUGGACCUCUUGGACUGGAAGGACAACAGGGUCUAACUGGUCCUGCAGGUAUGGAGGGGCCUUCUGGAAGGAAGGGUGAUAAGGGGGAUAGAGGACCUAUCGGAACGUCUGGUCUUCAAGGACCAAAAGGCGAUAUUGGCCCUGCAGGUGAUAAAGGUCCAUUGGGUCCACCAGGCCUAGGAGGCAAUGAGGGUGAUUCUGGUCCUGCUGGUGAUGCUGGUGACCCCGGGUCAAAAGGUGAAAAGGGUGAUAUUGGGCCACCAGGAUUUACUGGUUUAGAGGGUCCAUGGGGAGACACAGGGGAGAAGGGAGAAAAGGGGAUCAAGGGAGCCAAGGGCCAAAUCGGAAUGCAGGGUGAGCCAGGCCUAGUUGGUGGGGUUGGACAUCCUGGCCUUAAAGGUGCAGAAGGUGCACCCGGCCAUCCAGGGCUGCUUGGGCCAGAUGGACCUCCAGGAAGCAAGGGAAAGACUGGGCCAAGUGGUUCACCUGGUGAGCCAGGAAAUCCUGGACCUGAGGGAAUUGCUGGUCCCAAAGGUGUGCGAGGUGACGCAGGAAAAGGCGGGACACAGGGUGGUGUGGGCCUAGUUGGUCCCAUAGGUCCUUUGGGGCCCAAAGGUCUUUCAGGGCCUGAAGGGGAGAAAGGAGAACCAGGAGAUAAAGGAGAACCAGGGGUAGAGGGACCAGAUGGCCUUCAGGGUGUACAAGGACCACCGGGACUGCCUGGUUUGGAGGGUCCACAAGGUGAGGCAGGAACGAGGGGCCCACCAGGUCUACCAGGAGCUCAGAGCCGCACAGGUAACCCAGGACCUGAUGGAAGAGAAGGCAUGAAAGGAGAGAAGGGGGAUCAAGGUAAAAAUGGAGCACCUGGAAAAUCGGGUCACAUUGGACGAAGGGGUAAAAGAGGCAAGGCAGGUUUGAGGGCGACCAGAGGACCAAGGGGAGAAAAGGGUGAGAAAGGAGAUGUUGGUGAGAGAGGACUUCCUGGAUGGGGAGGGAGUAUGGGAAUUCAAGGGCCAAGAGGAGAGUCUGGAGAUGAAGGUGUAAAAGGAGCAGAGGGUGAGAAAGGGGAUCAGGGACCAUUUGGUUCACCAGGGAGAGAUGGCAUGAAGGGAAGUCUGGGACCUCUUGGCCCUUCUGGACCCCCAGGACCAAAGGGUGAUCAGGGGAAUAUUGGUCCUGCUGGUCCUAGAGGGACACCUGGAAUACCUGGACUGCCGGGCUUGUUUGGAGACAAGGGACUGAAAGGAUUUCAAGGGCCUCCUGGCCCCCCUGGAACAAGGGGUCUGCCAGGUCCAUCAGGGCCACCAGGACCUCCUGGUAUCUCUGUGAACCUUACUCUGGUCCAGAUCAAGGACCUGAUGUACAGUUCAGACAAGCCCAAUUUCUCCCUGAUUCAGACACUGCUGGACUCACUGUACCAUGACCUCCAGCUGCUGGUGGACCCUCCUGACGGCACUAAGCAGCACCCAGCAUCAACCUGUCUGGAGCUGUGGCUGUGCCAUCCCAACUACACCAGUGGUUUCUACUACAUUGAUCCAAACCAAGGCAGUCCUUUAGAUGCACUUUUGGCCUACUGUAAUUUCUCAGAGUUCGGAGCAGAGACCUGUCUUCACCCUAGAGAUGCACAUCUGCCCACAAGGACUUGGCUGAAUGACUCAGGAAAUAACAGCAAGUUCUACUGGUUAAGCUCACUAGAGGGGGGUUUUAAAUUUGAGUAUCCAGCCCUCAGUGUGGUUCAGCUGCGCUUUCUGAGACUCCAGAGCAACAGAGCAGAGCAGAGGGUGACGUACUCCUGUUACCCUGGACACAGACUGGGAGAAACGCAGCGACAGGUCCAGUUCCUCACAGACGCCACCAAGCAGAGUUAUUUAGGAGCACUGCAGGACUGUGUGUCUGCAAAGGAAGUGGAUCCCGGACCGCGUGAGUCUGUGUUUCAGUUUGAGGACAUGGACCUGCUUCCUCUACGUGAUAUAGGGAUUUUUGGCAACAGCAGUCAGGAGUUCGGCUUCACUAUUGGCCCCAUGUGCUUCAGCUAGAGACACAACCAAUGAUAAUGGUACAUCCUGUGUGUUUAACCUUAAAUACAAACAACAAGAGAAGAAAACAGGACACUCUGAAUGAGCAUGUGGCAUCUAUGGAAAUACUCUAGGAAGUGCUUCAGACAGUGUCCUGACUACCCCGGUGCUGCCAGACAACUGGACAAUAUCCUUUUUUGUUUACAGGGACUUUUGGCUUUGUAAUUGAUGUACUGUUGUAUACAUGAUGUUAUUUGUUUUAAUCACUAGCUGGUCUUGUAAUAACGUUGUAGAAGAAGCUUGGAUCAUAACAAGUGUAAUGACAGGGUUCUGACGUGACCACUAUGUGGUUGCUUGGUCCAGGUUUCACCUCUAUGCAACUUAGUCAUGUACAGGUUAAUGUGCCUGUAGCAGUUACUAUUUUAAGACUUUGCAUUAUAAGGCAAGUGCAUAUUUGGAGUGUAUAAAUGACACAUUUGUCUAACUUGAAUUGUAGGACUGAUGCGAACAAAGCGUCCCACUGAGGACACAGCUACCCUUUCUGUGAGGUUUUGGGUAUCAAAGUCUGUGCUACAUUUUGGUGUUCUAGGUUCUUGUUUUGAUUCGUUCACAGAAAAGGUCAUAUUGCAUAAGUAUUUCAAAAUAUGAUGGUUAGAUGAUUUAUGGGUGCUGAUAUUUGCAAUUAAAAAGCACCAGAAACUGUGUAAGCAGUGAUUUUUUUUUAUUUUUUUUUAUGGUGCAUUAUUGAUAUGAGACUGUGCAUAAAGUCAUACAGACAGUUCUUUCAGUUCACUUUUACUGUAUGUAGGUCUCAGGGAGCACUUACGUUAACAAAUAUGACUUAUGAAUAUGACAAUUUACAAAUGUUAUUGGUAAAAUAUGUUGAAAUUAAUCAGAUAAAGCUGAAUUUAAAUAUCAUUCAGUUAACAUCAAUAACGCGCUAAACCACAUUAAAUUUAGGCACAGGUGCUUUGUUUUGGAAAAAUAUUUUUUGUUCAGUUACAUUUUGUAAUGUAUAUUGUGUUUUUAUGUAUUUGUGGUAACUUUUGAAAUCACAUGCUGGUCAUCUGUUUGAGUAUCAGCUAUAAAAGGAGCAUUAUUAAUGUAUCGCUUAAAUUGUAUUGGACAAUUUUGUAUCAUUGUUUGAAACAUGAACAUUUCUUUAAAA